CGUUCGCACACAAACUCCUCUGUACUGUACAUAUAUUUCCACGCCUGGGGGUUGCUUCGUUGUCGUCUCUCUUUUCUCUGUGUUCCAGUAUACCCAGACCAUCCUCACCACCGCAUCUCGUUCGUCGAUUGGCAUUCGCAGAGCUAUUCGAAGGCCUCCAGACCCCGCUAUGAGCAAGCGCACAGCAAAGUCUCAGGCCAGCAGUGCGCGGGCUGCUUCAACCGCCUUUGGGGGAGGCUUUGGGGGCUCUUCAUCUCCAGCUUUCGGCGCCAGCUCCUCGCAGCUGUCCUACGUAUCGGAGCCGCCAGACCUCUCUGCCAUAUCCGAUGCGAAUGUCAUCGUCUACUUCAGGAACCUGUCCAAAAAGGAUAGUACUACAAAGGCAAAGGCUCUUGAAGACAUUCAAACAUACAUCUUGUCAUUGCAGGAUCCAGUCGAGGAAGGCUUGCUCGAGGCAUGGAUCAAGAUCUACCCUCGCACCUCAAUAGACAACGCGAAAGCUGUCCGCCAGAACGCCCAUGCCGUACACGGUCAUAUUGCUGUAUCUGCCGGCAAGCGAAUAGCCAAAUACAUGCCCAAGAGUGUCGCUGCGUGGUUAUGCGGCCUCUACGACACCGAUCGGUCCGUGGUAGAGGCAACACAGAGUUCCCUCCGUCAGGUCUUCAACACCCCAGAAAAGAUACAGAACAUCCGCAAGGCGUAUCAGCAGCCCAUAUUGGAGUACUGUCGGGACGCCAUCGACAAAGAGAGCCCAACGACCCUGAGCGACGAACGAACCGUCAGUCAGGAUGAUGCAGACGCCAAGUAUAGCAGGGUCAUAUCAGCUUGUAUCGCAUUAUUGGGCAGCUUAUUGGCAAAUCUACAACCCGUAGAACUAUCCAAGUACCAGCCCGACUAUGAGAGCUUACUUGGCGACAAGAAGCUCUGGGAGUUUGCCUCUUACGGAGACGCUUCGGUACGGCGGUCGUUGCACCGCUUUCUGAAGACAUGCCUCAUAAAGGAAUCAGCAGGUAUCGAAGCCAACCUCGAAGCGAUCAGCAAGGCGUAUCUCUCCGUUGCUCUAAACUCCGACCAAAUCAGUUCUAUUUACGACUACGUUGAAGCUUUGACAUUGCUCACGUCUGCGCAUCCUUCAGUCUGGACGGAGCACUACAAGAGCAAAACCGCAGUAGACAGGCGCUUACGGCAGUUUCUAAAGAAGGGGUCCCAAAUAGGUCCUCGCGACUUCUGGAAUCGAUUGUCGGGAUUGUUUCAGGUUCUACCAAAGGAAAUCUUACCUACCAAUGCUGCCGACGCUGCGGAGCUUCUAAGCUCACUCCAGGGCGGCAUCGUUCGAAAUGAUGAGUCAAAGUUCAAUCACGAAGCAGCCUUCACUGCGUAUCUAGAUAUCGUCCACCUCAUCGACCAGCAGCUGCCGGAUGAGGAUAAGGGCAAGCUCGUGGAGGACAUGGUCUUGCCACUCUUGAAGCAGUAUUUGCAUCCUUCGCUAGAGACUUCACAGUGGACUAUCCCCGCAAACGCGACUACUUUGCUACAGAAAGCACUAACGAUCAAAGGCAUGGUAGCAACACUCGCGGAAAGGUGGCCUGCAUUCGCCCAGCAACUCAUCGAUGAUGUCAAGACCUCAGCUCCAGAGCAGUCAAAAGAUUACGAGAAAUCACAGGUAGCUGUGCUUCAACAUGCGACACGUUUCGCCGCCCUACAAGAGCAGGUCAUCAAAUCUGAAGCCUUCCCAUCUAUGCAGCCCGUUCUCCGCCAGUCCUGUUCUUCGAUCAUAAUCGAAGCACUUGGUGUUGUUAAGAACAGGAAUGGGAAACCAUAUGGUGCAGCUGGUGCAGUGGCUGCUCUACUACUUCGUGGUCAAGCCCUUGUAUCAGGAACUCAAGCUGAGCUUGAAAUAGAGCAUUUCGUUCGCGAAGAUCUGCCCGGCCUUAUGUCAUCGCCAUCAUCAACCUAUCUAGUUGAUAUAUUAUAUACCAUGGCCGAAACUAAUGCCUUCAAGGAUGCCUGGAGCGUCGCUCUAAGAAAUAUCUUGAAGGAGGCCGACUCGCCAGCGAAAACCAAAGCACUCGAGGCAAUACUUACAUCACCAAGGAUUCCACAGUCUUUCGACCUGGCCACAUCGGAUGCUGAUUUGCAAAAGUACAUCAAAUAUAUUGUACAGGAAGCAGUCGAGGGCUCUGCCGAGUGGGAUUCUUUUAACCGCAUGUUACAGUCAAGGGCAAAAAUCUUGUCUCCAGACACCGUCGAUGAAGUUCUCGCCUACAUGACACAGUCACUUUCGAUAUCGCAACACGCGCCAUAUACGCUACAAGGACUUCGCCAAAUCGUCAAAUCGAAUCCGUCCAUACUGCGAAAUUUCCUUGCCACCACCCAUGGAUCCAAGCUCCUUCAAAGCUUAUUGCUCGCUUCCGAGUCGCCGAAUGACGAGGUUGCACAUGGCGCCACAGCCGUCAAUGCAUCCAUUCAGACCCUCCUGUCAUCGGGGUCUGAUACGAAGCAGUCCAUGUACGACCUUAUUCACCAAGGCCUUCGGGAGGCUACUUCAACAUCAGUCUCCGUAGAAACCUUAGUCGACUUAGCGAAGCAAUCCGUUAGUAUGGGAGGUAGCUGGAAUGACAUAUCCAAAGUCUUCCCAACUAUUGACGACUGGGAUUCCGCUUUAGCACCAUUCCUUAACUCAGCUCCCAAAUCAUCGCUCGCUAUUACCAAUCCUCUAGGCGGUGCCGUGUAUCUCGUUGACUCGAGCGAUUCUACGAACAGCAUCAGGAACAUGUCUCGAGAUGCUGAUGGGUACUCCGCUGCGUACCGUAUCACGCAAUAUGUUACUAGAUUGUUCAAGAACCCCGAGUUGUUCCCCAUCGAGGCUGUUCCGGUUAACACUCGAGAUGCAUACUUGCGCAACAUCGCACUUACGGUCCAACUCGCGAACGACAAUCUAGGGCUUGCUGGAGCCAAUGGUCUUUGGGCAGACUACAAUCCUGACGUGGAGGCGGAUGCGAUGACCUUCAUGUCAGAUACACAAUCUUUUCUCACUCAAGAGUUGAAGAGACUUUCUACAUCUUGGUCAGGAGAGAGCGCCAGCUCAUCUAUGUUGGAAUGGGCACUUGAGCUAAUUUCCAAGAUUGAUGUCACUGCCUCGGCUCAAGCCUACUAUGCUGCGCGUACGUAUAGUGCUCUAGUGGCAGAUGCGAUCGAGGUUGCCUUUUGGAGAAACUCGCAAACGGAUCAACUUCAGGAAACGCUGAAGGCUAUGCGCAAGACUAAGGAAGUCUUCCCGCUGCUGGGGUUCUUAAAUGCCUUCAAAGAACCGUUAGCUGCUUCAAGGGCAUGCGAGAGGAUGUGCAAUGAGAUCGUUGCCGACUUGACCGGUGUAGAGAUUGGGCUGAAGCCCAGUGAAAGUCUGCGACAGUUGGUUCUACUGAAUACUCUUCUUGGUCAAGAAGGUAUUGUGGAAAGCAUCGCCAAGCAACGCCUUGUGUUUUUCGUUAAACACGUGAUUCCGUGGUUGCAAGAAGACGAGGUUGCUCGGCCGAUCAAGGCGGAGCUGUGUCGUGCGUUGACGGUACUUUUGCCUCUGAUGAGUGACUUAUAUGGUGAGCACUGGGGAGAAAUCUUGAAUGCCCUUGCCGCUGCUUGGUCAAGGACAAAGGAGCUCGAGGAGAACGAGUCUGGUAAAGAUAGUUCGAUUCCGUUUGUACACUCAUCGCUGAAGCUGUACGCUCAGCUUCGCACACUAACCCAAGUCGAUGAGCCCAACGAUGAUCUCCAAGAUGCCUGGAAGGAGACCGAGCAACUUGUUGCCAACGGACUCCUAAAUUUACUCAAACAUUCUCAGCACUUCCCAGACGAGUUCCAUCAGCCCCUAAAGAUGGUCAACGAAGUGCUAGCACGUCAAAUUUCCAGGGUCUCGCUACAGCACUUAGAGUCUACGGACGAGCUGUAUCCUCUCCUGUAUGUGGAGUCACAACCCGUGCAACAGACUGCAUUCGACAUCUUGCAUAAGCAGAUACCAGCCGCCCAAGAACAGAUUUCUAUCGAUGCAGCGUUAGAGAAGACAAAUGCUCGCUUGCCAGAGGAGCUUCUUUCACUAAUCAUCGAUGCGCCAACGGUGGCGGCUUUAGCGGAAGCGAACUUCGAGCGAAGCGUACCCUUACCACUCCGAGGCUAUCUGCUAAGUUGGCUACUUGUGUUCGAUCAUCUGGAGCAUGCUUCGUUCAAGGUCAAGAACGACUAUGUUGAGCACGUCAAGGAGGGUGAAUAUCUCCCUGGUCUGCUCAACUUCACCUUCGACUUCCUAGGCCAUGCGCACAACAAGCCCGUUGACGUGUCAAAGCUCGACAUCACCACAUAUGAGCCCGAUAUUGAGCCUCCCAAGCGGGAUCUUCACUGGUUGCUUACCCAUUUGUACUUCCUAAGCCUUCGACAUGUACCGUCAUUGACCAAAUCUUGGUUCAUCGACUGCAAAUCGCGUGCCACGGUCGUCACUUUGGAACCUUGGACCGAGAAAUAUAUCUCGCCCCCUGUGAUCACCGCUGCGCUCGAAUCCGUCACCUCUUGGUCGGAGCAACAAUCAGAAUCUGAGCCAGAUUCACCCUUCAGUGUUAAAGUGGCUCCACGGGCGCGCGAAAUCACGUCUUCCUACACCGUAGAUGACCAGACAAUGUCGAUGAGAGUCUCGCUUCCCCCGGCGUUUCCUCUUGCCAACGCACAUAUUGAGGGUAUCAAUCGCGUCGCCGUAAACGAGCAGAAAUGGCAAUCCUGGCUUCGGACCUCGCUCGGUGCUAUCACUAUCUUCAAUGGUUCAUUGAUUGACGCAUUGACCACUUUCAAGCGCAAUGUCGAUGGAGCUAUGAAGGGGCAAACUGAGUGCGCCAUCUGCUACAGUAUCGUAGGCAGUGAUAGGAAGCUGCCAGAUAAGCGUUGUCAAACGUGCAAAAAUUUGUUCCAUGGAAGUUGUUUGUUCAAGUGGUUUAGGACAAGCGGGAGUUCGAGCUGCCCGCUCUGCAGGAACCCGUUCAAUUAUGGUUAGGUCAUGGGUGGUGUUGUAAGAUACUCUAUGCCUUCAUGUAAAUAGCUCGACUCGACAUGAAUGCAAAUCUGAUAAUGAUCACCUUGGUUCAUUAUAAUGCCCAGCAUCUAGGGUCAUGUUGCUCGCAGUGGAUGGUGCUGACGCGAUUGAACCUCGGCUGUGCACGGUUCCUGCAUCUACCCCACAUUAUCAAUACACCGAGCUUCAGCC